UCGAGCCCCGCCGCGCGCCUUUUCCUCCUUCGCGCGGCCGCCCAAUGGCCAGCGGCAGCCCCGCCAAGAUGGACAGCAGCGCCAGCCAGCCGCCACCUCCUCCGCAGUUCCUGCAGCCCGCCUGCUUCUUCGCUGCUGCUGCGGCGGCGGCCGCCGUGGCCGCCUCACAGAGCGCGCAGCAGCAGCUGAGCCCAGCGGCGGCCGGCGGCCAGCCCUCUCCAGGCGCCGCCAAAGCGCCUGCUGCGGCUGCGCCGAAGCCUCAGCAGCAGCAGGUCAAGCGGCAGCGCUCGUCGUCGCCGGAGUUGAUGCGCUGCAAGAGGCGCCUCAACUUCAGCGGCUUCGGCUACAGCCUCCCGCAGCAGCAGCCGGCGGCGGUGGCGCGGCGGAACGAGCGGGAGAGGAACCGCGUCAAGCUGGUCAACCUGGGCUUCGCCACGCUGCGCGAGCACGUCCCCAACGGCGCCGCCAACAAGAAGAUGAGCAAGGUGGAGACGCUGCGCUCGGCCGUCGAGUACAUCCGCGCCCUCCAGCAGCUGCUCGACGAGCACGACGCCGUCAGCGCCGCCUUCCAGGCCGGCGUCCUCUCGCCCACCAUUUCACCAGGCGGCUACCCCAACGACAUGAACUCCAUGGCCGGCUCGCCCGUCUCCUCCUACUCGUCCGACGAAGGCUCCUACGACCCCCUCAGCCCCGAAGAGCAGGAGCUGCUGGACUUCACCAACUGGUUCUGACGGGGAGGCCUGCGGGGCUGGGGCGCUGGCGCGGCUGCAGGAUUGCUUGCUGUUGUGUCCUACUCCUUUUCCCUUCCUGAUGUGGAAAGGAAAAGUCAUACAAUGAAAGCACAGAAGGAGUUUGGACUGUCUCUCCAAGAAACUGAAGCACUCCCUGAUUCUGCCUUUGCACUCUAGGCCAUUCCAAGAGACCCAAGACUGCAAUCCUAUGCACUCUUACUGGGAGUAAGCCUCAUUGAACACUAUGGGAUUUACUUCCAAGUAAAUAUAUGUGGGAGGAGGCUGUAGAAUGGGCUUAGAAGCUACAGGGGGAGGGUGAUGUUAGGGAACACCUAUAUGCUUGUUCUCAACCUCAUAAGCAAAACAGCACUGCCUAUUCAAUAUAAAUCUUCUACACAGCAAUGAGCUCUUCUCAUUGAAACAAGAACAGUAUUCCCCCUCCCCUUUUUUUGAAAGACUUACUCAUUCAUUUGAACAGAAAUUGCAGCAGGACCUUGUUUACUCAGAACUAAGCCCCAUUGAGUUCAGUGGGUUGUACUCUGAGGUAAGUGAUUUAGGAUUGCAGCCAUGUGGCCCAUUUCUAAUGAUGCUUACCAAAUUCAGUGGAACUUACUCUCAAGUGAGCAUCAUAGGAUUGUGGCUUUGGUUGCCUAAUGCUUGUGAUGAUUUUGAAAAUCAAAACUAUGCUAUAUUCAAAGAAUCCUUUAAUGUGUCUCCCCUUUGUCUAGUUUUGACUCCCUCCCUACCAUCCCCCAUCAUAAAAUGCUUCCAAUUUUUUCCUGUGAACUUUUUAUUAUAUAAAAAAAUCUAUUUGUAUCAUUCCUAACCAAUUUUGGGGAUAUAUUAAGCUAUUUUUGUAUAUAAGAGAGAGAAAUUUAUAGACUUUUUUUGUACAAAUGUUUUAAAAUGUGUAUAUCUUGAUACCUUUUUAAAAUAUGUAUUGCUUAUUACCUCUUCAUAUCUAGAUGCGUAGUCAACAUGACCUUACAAUUGCCAUGUUUUUGUCAUGUGGUUUUGUAAAGGACUUGGAAAUGCCUCCAGAUGUACUUUAGCACCAAUGUGUCUUACUUUUUUAAUAGAAACUUUGCUAAUGUAUUAAUAAUGUUAUUAAACACUGUUCAAAGUGAACAAAGUUUAUGCAGCUAUUGUCCAAACGCAAAAUGGUAGCUAUUUAUUUUACAAGCUGCUGCCUUUUGAAGAAGGAAAAAAAAAUUUUUGCCACUGCCUUUUCAUGCUGUUUUAUUACAAACUUACAAAAAAAGAGAGAAAUCCUGUAUAAUUGUGUUUUAUACAAACUAGUUUGGUAAUAAAACUUUUUUUUUCAUUUAAAA